GAUCCCAGCAUAGUCGAACAAAUUUAAAAAACUAAAGCAAUCGCGGCCAGAGAGAAAUUUUUGACAUUUUUACAAAUGCCAAGGAAUGGGUGACAUACUUGGUGCCCAAGCAGCUGAUCCUUAUCCUCUCGCGGACGGCAGUCGGCAGCUAUGCCAUUCCAGAACAAUCCCGACUCUGCAGAAUCCUUACCCAUGAAGCAUCGAAUCAUCUACUCCGCGUUGCUCUCUUCAAAAGGUUCUUGCUCAUCUAAAAUUAUUUAAAUAUUUCGGAGUUCCUAUAUAUACAAGAGCUGGUGCCACAAGUGUUUGCAUAAUCAAUUUUCUUGUUCCGGAGCUCAAUCCUACCAUGGCGAAUGCUGAUGUCUCCCAAGGCCUCCCUCAGGCUUACGAUCUUCAGUCUCUCCUCCGCGGCGAGCAGAGAGAUUUUCUCGUUCGGAACAACGGGGAUCAGGUUAAAAUUGAGGAUUUGAAAGGGAAGAAGGUCGGGCUGUACUUCACCGCGACAUGGUGCCGUCCCUCUCAGAAGUUCACCCCUAAAUUGGCGGAGGUGUACCGCGAACUCUCGGCGAAAGGAGAUUUCGAGAUCGUUUUCGUCUCGCUGGACGAAAACGCGGAGUCGUUCAACGAAUUCUUCUCCAAGAUGCCGUGGCUGGCGGUGCCCUACUCCGACUCAGACGCUCUCAAACGCGUGACCGAAUCGAUUACGGUCUCAUUUGUGCCCUACCUUUUGAUCCUCGAUGAAGAAGGGGGAGUGUUGACUCGCGAGGGCAGGAAGAUCGUAGAGAAACAUGGAGCGGAAGCAUAUCCUUUCACCGCUGAAAGGAUCCAAGAACUAGGCAAUUAAGCAGAGCGCAUAUCGUACAUGAAGCCGAAGAAAGUUUAUAGAAUUUCAAUUUCUGUGUUUGAUCUCCAUUACAUAGUUCGUCUCCCAAUCUGAGGAUUUGUGGAGAUUUCUGCAACUUUAUCUUCAUCAUAGAAUGUAGAAUGUGAGAAUGCGUCUGCCCUAAACCGAAAGUUAUAAUAUAUUAAUUAGUUUCUGUCAA